AUGGCUUCGCUGGCCAAAAUAUAUAGGAAAGUUGUCCUAAAGUUAUGCAGAGCGAAAACGAAAUUCGAAUUUCUUAGCCAAUGUCGGUUGAAUGGGGUUUUCCCUAUGUCAAUUCAUCGCAUCAGACUUCCUGUGGAUUGUCGCAGUUUGUUGCCGAAGUUGAAGAAUUUAUGCCUCAAUAAGGCCAUCAGAUGUACAAGACGCCUAUAUUAUAGAUUGCUGCACCAUCUCAUAAAUUUGGAAAAUGAACUUUAUAAGGAGAAUCAAGAUCUUUUGAAGGAAGUUAAUAUCAGGGUGAUUGCUUUAUCUUACUCCUUAGAGAAUAGGCUGAAACGCAAGUAUAUUAAGAAGCUAAAAUGGCUAUUCAAGCGCCAGAAUAUUAAACCGAGGGUAGGAAAAACGAUGUUUUUAACCGCUUGGGACAACAUUUCUCCCCCUCAAUGCUUGUUGAAUGCUUUGGAGUACGGUUCUUGCUUUGCUCCUACACUGAUAGUACACCCGGAGGACAUCAUUCCGAAUGUUGAAUUGCUUGUAAAGAACAUGAGUUUAACUAUGCAGGAUUACUGUAGAUGGAAAGCGAGAUUCCAAGCCGAAAAUGAGAAACGAAACAACAAAAACGCGUUACGUUUCCAAACAUGUAUAAAAGAAACCAGAGACUGGCUCAGAAGGAAUGAUGUUGUACUCAUAAAAGCGGAUAAAACAAAGGGUAUGGUGCUCAUUAAGAGGGAUUCAUAUAGAAGGAAAUUGCAUGAAUACAUUAUUAGUACAGAAUCACUUAUUGCACCGAAUAAUUUUUUAGAAGCUUUACAACAAAGGGUGAGAAGAUUUACGCUAACCCCUUUGGCCUGUCUUCUGGAUAUGGAGAGGGCUGUUGUGCAGACCCCGAGAACCCCAAGAAUUUUCGCGUUCGGAAAGACACAUAAGCCAGGAACACAGCUGCGCCCUGUUGUGGAGAAGUGUAAUGCUCCUACGUUCAAGUUGGAGAAACAACUGGUUAAGUUUAUACGGAAAAAUAUGCAAGACUCGCCUUUUUCGGUAAAAAAUGCGGUGGAGUUGCUAAGAAAGUUGGAGGAUGUCAUGCUUAUGGAUAAAGAAUGGAUGACGGUUUUAGAUUACAAAGCUCUGUACCCGUCAAUUAAAUUACCUCCCUGCUUUUGCGCCCUGAGAGACUUUUUGUUAGCAAAAAUUAGCAAUUCUAUGAAAUACCACAUGGAGAUCUUGGAAUUGGCGGAUUUAGUAUGCCACACAUCUUUCUUUCAAUUUGAAGAUAAAACUUACUUACAGACACGGGGCGUACCGAUGGGUAGCCCCAUGUCAGCUAUACUCUGCGAAUUAGUGUUGCGUAAUCUCGAAAAUGAUAUACUCCCCUCAUUCCAGGAAGACAUAUUGGCUUACGCAAGAUAUGUGGACGAUAUCUUUAUUUUAUGGAAAGAUAAUCACAGAGUUAAUCAGUUUUUAGAUCGGAUCAACGACAACCCGUAUGGGUUAACUCUGGAGCUGGAACAAGAAAAUGGAAGCAUUGUUAAUUUUUUAGAUUUAACUAUAUCUUGCAAAGAUGGUGAAAUCGGAACAGAUAUAUACCGGAAACCUACUUAUCUUCCUAUCGUCAUUCCUAGGAACUCCGCAGACCCUGAGCAUAUAAAAAUGGCCGUUUUUCGUUCGUGGAUAAGGAGGGCACACACGCAUUGCACCAGCGUCUGCGACACUUACAAAGAAUUAGAGUAUAUAAAAAACAUGGCGAUGCAGCAAGGAUACCGUAGAGAAAGAAUAGAUGCCCUCAUCGCGAAUUGUCGGAAGCGACUCCCCUCUCAGGGAGGGAAUCAACGCAAAGAGAGAAUCGUACUCAAUUACAUACCGUUCCUUAAAGGAAUGGUUAAGAAAGUUACCAGGGAUAAGGAUGUACGGAUAGUUUACAAACGUAAUCCCACCGUAUACAGGCUCUUAAGGAACGAUAAAGGCAAUUACGAACGCAGCGCAAUGGCAGGGGUGUACUCUAUACCAUUAAAAGACCGUAGAUUUAACACCAAUCUAGUGUACAUAGGGGCAACCUUAAGAAACUUAAAGAAAAGGAUUGCUGAACAUAAGCAAUCAGUCAAUAAAAACAUAGACUCUACGGUGCUUGCGGCCUUUGCCAAGCAGCAGAAUAUCGAAGUCUUUUGGGAUCGGGCGUCGAUCAUUAAAGCCACAAAAUCCAGGCAGGCUGUGAAACAUCUGGAAAAACUAGAAAUUCACAAGGCGCAAAUGCACACAAGCUGUAUUAAUCAUAGGGAUGCUGACGGAUUAUCGUCGGCAUGGAAAUCCUUCUACGAUGAGUGA